AUGAAACCUUCAAUUGAGAUCCGACGACCAAAUAUGGACGAAGAGAAAGGUCGGGACGAAGGGUAUGAUGGCAUCGGCCCUGCUAAUGGCCACGUCCCCGAGCCAGAGGGUCUCCAGGGUGUGGCGCUGGCUGUGGUGAUGACUUCGAUCUGUCUUUCCAUGUUCUUGGUCUCAUUGGAUCGCACUAUCAUCGCCACCGCUAUCCCCAGCAUGACGAACCAAUUCCACUCCUUCGAAGACAUCGCCUGGUACGGCAGCGCGUACAUGCUCACCGGCUGCGUGAUGCAAUUGCCCUUAGGCAUGUUCUAUAAGAUUUACCCAGCUAAGAUCGUCUACAUCACCAGCGUGGUCAUCUUCGAAGUCGGCUCUGCGGUAUGCGGCGGGGCGCCGAAUUCCGAGGCCGUCAUUGUGGGACGCGCCAUUCAGGGUUUCGGGUCUGCGGGCAUCUUCUCCGGGUCGAUGGUCUUGAUAGUGAAGGCCGUACCGUUGUCAAAACGAGCGAUGUACACCGGGUUCUUGGGUGCCAUCUUUGGGGUGUCGGCGGUUGCGGGACCACUGUUGGGUGGUGCCUUGACAACGCAUGCAUCGUGGAGGUGGUGCUUUUUGAUUAAUUUGCCGAUUGGAGGUGUGGUACUAGUGAUCAUCUUUUUCAUCUUUCCGAAGCAGGAGGAGCGAGGUGGGAAGAAAGGGGAUGAGAGUGCAGGUGCACAAGCAGGGAGACAGUCGCUGUUGGAUAAGGUACUUCAGUUUAAUCCCUUGGGUUUCUGUGUGCUCGUUCCUGCGGUGGUCUGUUUGCUGCUAGCUCUGCAGUGGGGAGGAUCGGCCUACCCUUGGAGUUCCGGAAGAGUCAUUGCUUUGCUAGUGAUGAGCGGGGUCCUCUUUAUCGCUUUCGGCAUCGAUCAGGCCCUUGAAGGCGACAGAGCCAUGAUCAAGACGGAGACCGUCAAGCAGCGCACGGUGGCAGCUGCAUUCGCUUUCUCGAACUGUAUAGGAGGAGCCAUGAUGACCGUCAUCUAUUACAUUCCCAUCUGGUUCCAGGGUAUAAAAAGCGUCAGUGCGGUGAAAUCCGGCGAAAUGAGCUUUCCCCUUCUGAUCGCUCUGGUCCUCGGAUCAAUUCUAUCCGGCGCCUUGGUUUCAAAGCUCGUGGGCUAUCCCUCACCAUUCAUGAUAGCCGGAGCAGUAUUGAUGGCAGUCGGUGCCGGACUUCUCAGCACGUUCACCGUCUCGACAGAACACCCCAAAUGGAUCGGAUACCAGGUCCUCUUCGGCAUUGGAUUGGGAUGUUGCAUGCAGCAUGGGUCGAAUGCUGUCCAGGCAGUGCUACCCAAAUCGGAAGUCCCUCCAGCUAUUUCUUUGCUGUUCUUUGGCCAACAGCUCGGAGGAUCGGUGUUUCUCUCCAUCGCUCAGAAUAUCAUGUCCCAGGAAUUGAUCAAUAACGUGAAGUCACAGCUGCCAGAUGUCGACGCGUCUAUGAUCGUGAAAUCGGGAGCCACAGACCUGCGUGACGCAGUCUCUUCUGACAAAAUGAGCGUACUGCUUCAUGUUUACAACGACGCUGUGGUUAAUGUAUUUUAUCUUGCCGCUGCUCUUGCGGGUGUUGGGGUUGUUGUGGCGCUGUUCGUGGAGUGGAAGGACAUGAGAACUGCAGAGGUAGAUGACCACCAGGAGUCGGAAAAGGAAGACCUUUAA